GUUUUACUGGGCUAUGGAGGACGUGCUAUCGCUAAUAUAGUCGAACCCUAGCGGACGAGUUGAAGCCAAAUCCUCUUACAAUCUCUACCAAUAGCAAUGUCUCGUCGCGAGACUCGUGAUUCAGACUCCAGACACCAUCGCUCUAGAUUCGAUCGGGAACCUAGUCCUAAGCGGGUUAGGAGGGAUGGCAAAACAGCAACGGAGCGACCACCCAGCAACCUUAAUUUGGAUUCUGCUGAACAUAUUGAUCGAGAUCAAAAACACCAUCGCAGGGUGCAAGAUUCCCUGCCUCUGGAGGCCCCACCAGUGUCUGAUCCAAAAAUAGAAACUGUGCCCUUGAGCAAAGAAUCUGACAAGAAAAGUAAUGGAUACCGUGAAGGAACGAAGAAUUCUUCCGACAAAAUCGAAGCACCUCGGUCUCGAUCUCUCUUUCAGCAUGAUGAGCGUGCUGGUCGUAGCUUCAGACACAGGGAAACUGCUGAGCGUGAUUGGUGGAAAGAUUCAAAGGAUCGUCAGAGUGGAAGGACAACAAACAGAAGUUCAAAUAAUGAUGACACAAAGCCCAGAGAUGAGAAAACCCGUGGACAGGGAGUUGACCAUCGUGCCUGGCGCUAUGAUGGCUCCUACAAAACGGAACCAGAUCUGAAGCAACCUUCAAAGAAAAGGCCUUCGUUUCGAGAGACCAAAAUACCAAUUGAUGCUGGAACUGAUGACAAAUCAGCACCAGAAGUUGCAAAGCCCUCUGCUGUAGGAAGUGAAAGGAAGGAAGAAAGAGGAAAGCCACCAGAGAAACCUCCGGUUGACAGGCGGUUGUCAGGGGAAAGGGACCCACAGCAGAGGAUGAAGUUUCAAUCAAGAGAUAGGUAUGGUGGUGGCGGUGGUGGCUUUGGAGGUUCAAACAGGGGAAGAGAUAGAUUCAAUGGAAGGCAAGGGCAAAGCGGUGGGCGAGUUGAGAAGUGGAAGCAUGAUCUUUACGAUGAAGCAAAUAAGAGCCCGACCUCAAAGAAUGAAGAGGAUCAGAUUGCAAAAGUUGAAGCGUUGCUGGCUUCGUAGGCGACAGACAGACAGCCAUCAUCGUUAGUGUUUCGUUUAUGUUCAUAUCAUUCGUUUCUGUUUGUGCUACAUUUCAAACCGACAUUAUAGUUUUCAUCAAAUAUGAACCUUUAUUGUUUAA